AUGGACUUCUGCUUUGACGGCAGGCAGCACCCUCGUAUUGGCCGGCCGAAUUUAUCUCGCCAAGCAACCUUUAGCCGCCAACGCGAACGCGGUGAAGACGACUUGAGCAUUGGCUCUACCCCAACCACCCCGAGCACAGCCAAGCCGGCCUUUGUUCGGCGGCAGGUGACCGGUCUGAGGGGCGUUCACGCGCCGGAAGAUGUUCAGUCUCCUGAAGGCAGCUUGUCUGUCUCGAACGCUGCGCCGCGCGGGGUGAAGCGUCGGGCCCUGCAUUGGGGACGGCAGGUGACCAGAACCAACAUGGUCGGUGAGGAGCAAGCUGGGCCGGCACGGGUUCUAUCAUUUCGAGAUGGAAGUCCACGCUCCCAGAAGCACACUCGAGAGGAGUACAUUAUUGACAUACCGGACGUCUUGGAACCUUCGGACUCGAUGAUUUUGACUUCCCGUAGCAUCUCCAGCUCGGGCCGGCCAAAGGGCAGUUUCUCGCUUGCUUUGGAGCUGGAUGAGCUUGAGACCCUCCCCAGCCCUGGCCGUGAUGUCAGCAUGGACUCUGACGGAGAUGAGCCCGAGCGGAGAACAGCUGCCAAAGCCAAAGGCAAGAAACUUGGGAAGCCCCGGCUGCAGAGUCAGCGGCGAACCCCUAGUGCAUCUUCGUUGGGUAGAUCGGCCGCGGCAGACAAUGGGACAGAUACCGCGGCUCAAGGUUCGACUGGACAAAAUGGCGAAGACGGACGGGGCAUGCCGAAGCGCAAGCAAAGAAAAGGAUCCGCAUCUGGCAAAAGUGCCCGUGGCAAGAGUAAAGGAUCAAAGCCUGCAUCGGCGGAGCGAUCACUGUCCCGAGAGAAAGAGACGAGUCAGGCGACACAGGCGGAUCCAAAAAAGCCUUUGGCCAGUAGCCGAUCGGCAAGCAGGAGUCUCAGCAACUUGUCCGACACGGACGGCAAAGCGCGUUCCGGCAAGCAUCGAACCAGGUCUGUAGAGUUCGAGAAGACACCGUCCGUGGGAUCUCCAGCUUCGCCGCGCCGGCGAAGCCUGAGCCGUGAGGCCUCCGGAUCAUCUGCAGGAAGUCGACGGGUGACAACCGGCGACCUCUCGGCAUCCAGCACGCGCGAGUUUUCUCGGUCCGGUAGCGCCGCUGCCAGCCCGACUGGAAGCCAAACGCCAAAAGGCAAGCGAGGCCUGAGGUCGGGGCGAAUGACGCCGAAACGACGAGAAGAGCGGAGACAGAAGCUGCGGCGACGGCUGGCCAAGGCGAGUCUGCAAGUACCAAGGCGAAAGGACGGCAAGGUGAGUUUCCUCCGAAAGGCAUGGUCGCAAGCGCGUUCGGCGCUUCUGGGACUCCCAGAGCCAGAGACACAGGACGACAACGACCCCAAGGCCAAGGGCUUGCGAGGCUGGAAUGCAGCUCGAGCACUAUGCAUCGGCACUGGCAGGGCCUUGCAGGACUCCAAGCGCAUUAUGACAAUCGUCAGGCAGGCGGCAGACGAGGCCUACCACCGACACUGCCUGCAGAAAGCAAUCAUUGAGGAAAUUGGCGGCAUUCUGCGGAGAAGCUUGGCGAACGUGUCUGAUGACAUGGAUGAGACCAUCGGCGACAUUCUGAUGGACCUGCAGCGGCUGAAGAUGAUGGACAUGACCGAAGUUGGCGCGCUGGUCUGUGAAGCCAUCCUGAAUUUUGACGAUGGCGAAGAGGAGCCCGAGUCAGGCACAGCAGAUGCCACAGAAGCUGCAAGUGCGACAAUUGCCAGAGGAGGCGAUGCAUUGUCGGCGCCUUCCGUCAAGCGUCCUACAACAUUGCAGAGCCUCCGAGAUGAGCUUUGGCAGCAUGUCCACAACAUGCCAAAUCGCGAGGAUGUGACUGGCAUGGAAGAUGACGAGAUUGAAAUGCAACUUGAUCGGAUUGUCGACCAGGUCGAUGAUCUUCGCAAGCAGCUUGUCGAAGCAACGCGAUUAUCCUUUGGAAAGCAGGACCUCAUACACUCCAGCUUGCGUGGACGGUCAGAUUCGCGGCUGAGUGGAAUCGGUGUUGUGGACAUGCCCAGCGACGGACGCGAGAGUGUGGAAAGCAUCCUGUCACGUCUUUCAGGGGUCGGAGCGCGUUCUCGCGCCGCUUCCUCGCGAGCUUCUUCCAGCGGCUCGGAGAGCCCCAGUAGGCCAGAAAGGUCUCCAUGCGACAAGCCGCAGCUGUCAUCUGGGUGGAGGACAGCACAGAAGCUUUGGAGCCAGGGCUCUUUGACUGCGCGUGCCGACGAGGAGCCUUGCCGCCCUGCAAGCAUGGCACCUGAGGGGUUUGGGAGCGUCAUGUCUGCAGAGACCGUGCCAUCCAACGAUGCGUUACAGAAUACCGGCCAGGGUCAAGCGCAGCGGUUGCCGGCGGCAGAGGAGGUCAGGCAAAUGGAUCGGCAAUUGCUGAUCCAGCGCCUGAAGCGCCAAGACACUGCAGAAACAGAUGACUCCGAGGGCAUGCUCGGCCGCUCCUGGGGCAGCACAUGGUCUCCACCGGCGAAGCCGCCCAGGUUGAAGGUGCGUGGGCGCAGCCCCGGCCACAGCCCCUCGCGUGAGCGUCUGCGUCCGGCACAGGUCACUCCUGUGCCGCCUGCCCCGGGCCUGGUCGAAGUUUCCCAAAGGUCCGUCCUUUAUGCGGCCAUGACCGCUUUCCCACAGAUGCAGAAGGCCAGCGCAGUCGUCCGGACAAGGAAAGGCCCUGCAGCUUCGGUGAAGGAAGUUUCAGCUGAUGGCGCCGUCCUGCCAAGCUUGUUCCUGCCAAGACCACUAAGCCCAACUGCUCGGCGUCAAGGUGGAGGCUGA